AUGUCUGCCCUCGCGCGCGCGCGCGCGCUAAAUCGUAUGUCGUGUUUUGUUGCUUUUGUGAAUCGUUGUGCUGCUGUGCACAGUAACCAUAUUGGUGUUGCAUCUCAUCGUAGACCUUCUUUGGAUGGCAAGGGUUGUGGUAUGAGAACUCCUGAGGAGUUGUUUGCGGUUGGUAGGGGUUUUUCAAAUGGGGACAAUACAAACACAGCCAUCCUUGCAGCAAUAGAUGGACCUGUUAAGAGCGAGAUGAAUGUGGCAGAUAAAAUGUAUAUUCUCUUGCAAGAGUUAUGGCCAACUAUUGGUAAUUCUUCGAGAACAAAGAUGUUGAUUGAACUGCGAUAUCAAGCUUUGAUCCCGAGCCCUUUUCGAACCCGGAUGACCCAUCUAGCCCGCGUCAACAAUUUUAAAAUCUUAAUUGGGCCUGGAAGGCUGGAACAAACAAGCAUAUAUAAAAGGGGAUUCAAGAAGGGAACUUUUGAUGCUGACCUAUGGGAGGCUUUCAAAAGGGCCCAUUUGAAAGAUGUCUUCAAUAGGAAUCAUUUGGGAUUGGAUGCAACUGAUAAAUGUGCCAUCCUUGCUGAAUAUAAAGAAGCACGGAAGUACGAAGAACAGGGCAAUCAAACGUGA